AUGGAGAACAAGUUGUCUCGUUUAUUUCCGACUGAGCCAACAGGCUCCUUAGUAAAAAUAAAAAACAUUGCCCCAUUCGAAGGAGAAUUGGAGAUACAAAAUUUCCUUGGACACAUGGUUGACGUCUGCCUCAUGCGCGUAGAUCGUACGAAGAACGAGGCGUAUGCGUUGGUGCACUCAAAUGAAGAAGCUUCCCACCUCUUGGGGCUUUACAAAGUUAUUCUGAAGAACAUGAUAUUUUUGCAUUCAAAGGGGCGAGACAUAGAGAUCGAAGUAGACAUAGAAAUUUUUGACGAAGACGAGGAAAGAACAUUUUGGCGUGACGCAAAGAGGAACAACCUCUAUUUUAACAUCUGUUGCAAUGCGCAAAAGUGA